AUGAGAGUUGUCCUGUUAAGAAGGAAUUGUUUUUUUAGUAUUAUUGUCUAUAGCCUGCUUAUUCUUUUUGUUUUGUACGUUAUCUUUGACUUCUUUUUCGAUAAACCAAUCAAUUUGAAAGAGUAUUGGUCGGACAGUCUAAAAAGUAAACAGGUUCCAGUUUUAGUAAAGGAUCUUGGAAACUUUGAACUUGAACAUGUACCUUUUAGAAAUGGGCCCGGAGAAGGGGGUAAACCUCAUAUCCUGAGAGAUGAUCAACAGAACGACGUUCAGCAAUCAGAUUCUGAAUAUGGAAUGAACAUGGUAUGUUCAGAUGAAAUUUCGUUAGACAGAUCGAUUCCCGAUACAAGAAUGCCUCAAUGUAAACAUUGGAAUUAUCCAGAGGUACUACCUCGAACGAGCGUAAUUAUAGUAUUUCACAACGAAGGCUGGUCGGUAUUAAUGAGAACUGUUCACAGUGUGAUGAAUCGUACCCCUCCUCAAUUUCUAGAAGAAAUCUUGCUCGUAGACGAUUUCUCCGAUAAAGAUAAUUUGAAAGGUGAACUGGAAUCUUACAUAGAAGAAUGGGGAGGCAAAGUAAAAUUGAUAAGAAAUUACGAAAGACAAGGAUUGAUAAGAACGAGAUCACGCGGUGCGCGCGAGGCUAAGGGCGAAGUGAUAGUAUUCCUGGAUGCUCAUUGCGAAGUAAACGUUAACUGGCUACCACCCCUUCUAGCUCCUAUAGCUGCAGACAGAACUGUAAUGACGGUUCCCAUAAUAGAUGGUAUCGACCAUAAGACCUUCGAAUAUCGGCCUGUGUACAGAGAAGGACAUUUAUAUCGAGGCAUCUUCGAAUGGGGAAUGUUGUACAAGGAAAACGAACUUCCCCCUCGAGAGGAGAAGGCCCGACCUUACAACAGCAUGCCGUACAAGUCCCCUACUCACGCUGGUGGUUUGUUUGCGAUAAAUCGCGAGUACUUCUUGUCGUUGGGCGGAUACGACGACGGAUUGCUCGUUUGGGGCGGAGAAAACUUUGAGUUGUCGUUUAAGAUAUGGCAGUGCGGAGGAAGUAUCUUGUGGGUACCGUGCUCGCACGUUGGCCAUGUGUACAGAGGAUUUAUGCCUUACACGUUUGGCAAAUUGGCUCAGAAGAAGAAGGGACCGCUGAUAACCAUAAAUUAUAAAAGAGUCAUCGAAACCUGGUUCGACGACAAGUACAAGGAAUUCUUUUACACGAGGGAGCCUCUGGCUCAGCUACUCGAUCACGGCGACAUAACGGAACAAUUGCUGUUCAAAAAACGAAAGAAGUGUAAAAGUUUCCAGUGGUACAUGGAGAACGUGGCUUACGAUGUCUUCGAUAAAUUUCCAGAGUUACCACCCAACAUUCAUUGGGGAGAGUUACGAAACGUGGCGACAGGUACGUGUUUGGACACUAUGGGCAACUCGCCCCCCAGUUUAAUGGCCACGUCCCACUGUCACGGAUUUGGUAACAAUCAGUUGGUUAGAUUGAACACGAAGGGUCAAUUGGGAAUAGGAGAACGAUGCGUGUCCGCUGACGGCCAAGGAAUAAAAUACGUGUUCUGCCGGUUAGGGACCGUGGACGGUCCCUGGCAGUAUGACGAAAAAACGAAGACACUCCUGCACAGAGUCCACAAGAAAUGUAUGGCGCUCCAUCCUCAAACUCAACAGUUGUCCCUAAUGCCAUGCGACGUGAACAACACGUAUCAGCAAUGGUCUUUCCAUAAGAUUCACCCACGGUGGUGAAGAAACCAGAGGAAUCUUUGCAUUCUACACCAAAUUGGGUACUUUAAAAACUUCAUUCACGCAUCGACUAUUAUUCCUUAUACGCAACAAACUGUAAUUAAGGUACGUUAUUUGUACAUUUAUCGCGAAUAUUCGAGAAAAAUUAUACGAUCGAUUCAUUUCCGAGACGUUGGACUGCGGAUUUUAUGCAUUUACGAUAUAAACCGGUGUAAUAAACGCAUGGUAAACAUGCCCAACAGGUAUGUACGCUUCUGCAAAAUGAAAUAACAUGAUUGUUAUAUUAAUUGUACAUAAAAUGUAUUCAAUGUAUAUUGCGUGUACUUUAUGUAUGCUUUCUAUAUCGUACGUCGUGAAUGCAUAAAGACCGCAAUCAUAGUUGUAAACAUUCGCAGAAUACCGGUGCUGCAUAAUUUAUAACACUAUUAAAAUAAGAUUCAUAAUUUGUAAACAAUGGGCAUGGUUUCAUCGUUUUUUUUACAACGGAGAUUAUUUCGUAAUAUUUAUACUCGAACACGCAUACUCAAUGAUUUACAAUCUUCAAUGAAAUUAUUACGCCAAAGUUCAAUAUCUUUUCACACGUUGUCCUGUGAUGUAAAUGAAAUUUCGCUCUUAUCGUUUCCAAUCAAUUCUCGAGAGUCACUUUUCUCGCGAUCGAACACGCCUUGCAUUCGAAGUAAAAAGAGAAGACUGUUAUCCUAUAAGAAUCGUUUUGAAUGUACAUACACGUUGAAAAACCAGUUUGUAGUGGAUCGAGAACGUGUGCUUCCAUUUUUGACUGUUUCCUACUGAAAGAGCAUGUUCGCUGGUGUAGUUUUGUAAUCCUUUUUUUUUCUUCUUUAAUUGUUUAACACAUACAUUCAGGCAAGAAGUUACUUAGCAUAAUGUAAAAAAGACGUAACGAAUGUUUUUUCAAAGACAAUGUACCAAUAAAACGGAGCAAAUAUAACAGUUUGUCAUAAUAA